ACGACCAUGCGCGCUACUGAGAUUAUCGUCGCUGCGAAAUUGUAUUCGAAACGAUGCUAGCGCCAUGAUACGAUAAUAUAAUGUCUUGAUAUGUCUUCGCUCGUGCAAUCGAUAGGUUACGUUUCACGAUUUCUUAUUACUUUUAUUUACGUUGUUUUUUCUAUGAUACGUAAUCGCGAACUUUUCAAGAAGUCUAAAGUCAAAAAUUUAGUCGGCUAAAAUUACUUAUUUCGAUUUGAUUUUUCAUAAUGAGAUUGCUGCAACGUUACAAUUUUUUACCGUAAAGUUCAUUCUCAUGAAAUAGUCACGCCACUUCCAUAAACUAUGUAAAUUCACUUUUAACGCGAGCAAGCGCUCGUUUAAGUAAGUUGCGUGUGAUGCACACGACAACGCGAAAUGACAUUUAAUUGAACCACGGUGAUAUAUAUACAUAGUUUGUAAUUGACAUAUGUCAUGCCCAGUGUUUUUUGUAUUAAAGAUUAGAAAUUUUACGAAAUUGUACAAGUAUGUGUAAUAUAUAUAUUUUGUCAGACUGAGAAACGUCAUAAAACUGACAGUAUUGUAUCUACAUAUGCGGACGUUGUAAAAUUGAAUUAUAACCUACUUGUAAUAUGUUGCAUUUAUUAAGAGAGAAUUUUGGAAAAUUAUACUAUUUGCGUUAAAUUGCUGUAUAAUUCAGAACAAUGGACAACUUAUCCGACUCGCUCAAAGGAGAAUUAGAUUCUGUUACGUCGACAGAUUCUCUGCAAUUAAUAACUGACGAAUUUCACAUUAGACAUUUAUCAACGCCGGACGUUUCGAACAUAGAGUUAUCGAAGCGUGUUGCAUUACUAGAGUUGGAGAAUGAACGGCUUCGAAUAGAUUUAGAAAACAUGCGUAUUGAACUUAAUGCCAGAAUUGCAGCCAACGAAGGACUCAAAGGCAAAAUAACGGAACUGUACGUGGAAAUGCAGUUGGUCGUUCAGGAGAAACAAAAAUUACAGAAUACAUUGACAGACGUAAGAAAUCAUUUAGAUGCAUCGGAAGCAUCUGUAAAAUGGUAUCAAUCUCAAGUAUAUGAUCUGCAAGCGAGCAAGAAAACUUUGCAGUUGGAAAUUGAUACUUAUCAAAGAAUUCUGCAGCGCAGACAACAAACAAUAGCAAGUAUAAAUACCAGGUACAAGCAAUUGAACGUAGAUUAUAUGGAACUUCUUCAAAAACAUCAGAAAGAGAAGCAAGAUUUAGAAUGUGAGGUACAAAAUUUAAAGACGCAAAGUCAGUCGAACAGUAUUUCAGAGUCAUUGGAUGUUAGUACAUCCAAUUCUCCAGAUGUCUCCACGAAGUUAGAAUUAACAGAAGAUGAACUAAGAGGAACAAGGACUGAAUUGAAAACAUUGGAAAAACGACUGUUAGGCAAUGAAGUUUCCAAAGCAUUGAUGGAAAACGCUUUGGCUAAGCAACGUAUAUUGAUUGCAACUAUGGAAGAAAAUGUACAGAAAUGUGAAACUGAAAAAAAUCAAACUGCUGAUACUUUACGUAAGACGCAACUUGAGAUUCAAAAGUUGAAAUCCGAGAACGAAACAUUGCAGACUACUCUGUUUUCUUCCAAGCAGGAACAAAGUCAAAUAGAAGAUGCAAUCUUCCAGUUGCGAUUACAGUUAACUAAAAUGAUUGCACAGUACAAGCUUUUGAAAUCAAAAAAUGUGGAAGCAGAGGAAAAAUUGAAUUCCAUGCAAGAUGUAAUGAAUGAAAAUAAACAUUUAAAGACAUUAUCAUAUGAAGCUAAUACUGCUUUAAUCAGAAAACUUAGACAAGAAAAACGGAAAGUUAAAAAUUUACAAAAUAAACUUCAUGGAAUUCAAAUAAAGGGUCAUUUAACCACUAUGGAUUUAAAAGAUCAAUUAAAGGCAUUAGCAAAAAAUUCAGAUGAAAGUAUUGAUGAAGGAUAUGGUGAAAACAGUAUUGUUAGUUCUGUUUCUAUAGACAUUCCAUCACCAAAAUCCAUCAAUCCAGUAUUAUUAGAUGCAGCUUCUAAUAUUUUGCUGCAAUGUAAAGAUCUAUUUAAACCAAUACAUACAGAACUUGAACAAUUGAAAUUAAAACUUAAUAAAGUAAAGGAACAAUGCACUACAUAGUAUUCAAUUAUCUUUUAAGUUAUUAAUUAUUUUUAAUCAUUCGUAAUUCUAUUCUAUUCUAUUCUGUUCUAUUAUAAAUUAUUUUAUUAUACAUUCAUCAAAGGAGAUGGCUGGUUAGUAGAGUUAAAUAUUCGUUAAAAAUUAAUUAAAUUGUAAAUAUAUUAAAUUAUUGUUAUUCUUAUAAAUUGACUGUUAUAAUUGUUCUAAGUUGAAAAUUAAUUGUAUAAAUGUUUUAUCAAAAUUAACAAGUUGUAUAUUUCUAAUCAAAAAUAA